AUGAUUGUUUGGGCUAUUUGGAAAGAAAGGAACAAGAGGAUAUUCAAAGAAUUGGCCAAAACAGUGGAACUAGUCAUAAAUGACAUUAAAGCGAGCAUAGAAGAAGUCAUCUAUGGUAGGUCACGAAAUGUCAGUAAAUUCAAAUUCAAUGAUUGGGAUAUGGAAAUGGAAAGGAAUUGGUCCUUAAAAAAUGCUCUAUUCCAUUAUCCCAAAAAUAGAAUCAACAGGAAAGAGGUCAGAUGGGAGAAGCCUCAGAACAAUUGGGUCAAGCUCAAUUUUGAUGGGGCAUGUAGAGGCAAUCCGGGGCAGGCAGGAUUUGGAGCAGUCAUUCGAAACAAGGAGGGGAAUGUGGUGUCUGGCACGUAUGGAUAUAUUGGCCAUGCCACAAACAAUGAGGCAAAAAUAAGAGCUCUAGAGGUCGGGCUAUUACUCUGCAAGGAGAUAGGUCUAACCAAUAUUCAGGUUGAAGGAGACUCACAGAUAAUCAUAAAUGGGGUGACCAAUGACAAAUUGCUUAAUUGGAAAUUAUCAAAGUGGUUGCUGCACAUUCAUUCCUUACUUCAGGCAAUCAAACCAUACGAAAUAACACAUAUACUUAGGGAGGGAAACAAAGUAGCCGACCUAUUGGCAAAUCUAGGGGUCAAUUCACAGGUUGUGGAAGUGACAGUCAUUCCCAUGGCUCUCAGUCCAGAAGUUACGGACCUGUGUAGGAAGGACCUAUGGAUAAGGAAAACCGAGGGAGUGGGAUGA